AUGACGCCUCUCUUGUUUCUCUUGGUUGCCCUCGCGUCGGCGCAGUCGUCUAUCACUGCAGUCUUGGACGUUGCCGUUCGGAAUGGCGCGCCGCAGCAACUAGCUAGUGGCAUUAUCUACGGCACCCCAGAUGUGCAGAACCAGAUCCCAGACAGGUUUUACACCGAGACAAAGCUUAAGUACUUCCGAGCUGGCGGUGCGCAAUUGUUCGGCGUAGGUCAGCGAGGCUGGCAUUACAACGAAUACCCGGCCCGAUUUCAAUCAACUUUGAGCAACUACCGUACUGCGCGCAAGUACGGGGGCGAGUUCCAGAUCCUUCCCCACGACAUAUGGGGAACCGAUACCGCGAACAGCUCGACCCAUUGGCCUGGGGACAAUGGCGACUGGUCUAGCUACGACCGCUUCCUGGAUCGCCUGAUCGCUGACAUCAAGGCAAACAACAUGGUGCCUGGGCUCAAAAUUGACAUCUGGAACGAGCCGAACUUGCCCUUGUUCUGGAACAGGGGCCUCCAGCAGUGGCUGGAUCUGUGGCGGAGAACACACCAGAGGUUCCGUGCCGAUCCGCAGCUGAGAGGCGUUCCGCUCAUUGGACCUUCGCUUACGAUUGCUCCUACAUUGACUGAUCCCUGGUGGGACGCCUUUAUGAGAUGGCAGGUGACCCAGAACGUUCAAGCAGACCAGUACACCAUCCAUUUGCUUGGGUCGACAACGGAUCGUUUUAACGACAUGCAGUCGGUUGUGUCCGUCAUGGAGCAGCUCUAUGCUAGGACUGGAGCAGCACGCAAAAGCUAUUCUGUCAACGAAUAUAUAAACUCUGGCAACGAACGCCAGAACUCCGCCAAUGCUUGGCACAUUGCUCGAUUGGAGCGUUACAAUGCUUCUGGUCUUCGCGCAAAUUGGCUAUCGACCUGGGAGUUACACGAUUUCUUGGCUGAGCUCGUCUGGCGACCCAACGCAAACUCCCAGUACCAACCCAACGGUGCCUGGCACAUGUACAGAUACUAUGCUCAGAGCAUGACGGGCACUCGUCUUGGCACUUCUGGCUCCCCGGAUGGUGCUCUUGACAUCUUUUCUACCCUUGCCUCUGAUGGGACAGUUCGGAUUCUUACGGGGGUACGGGCCCGGACCGGAACCUGGGAGAUUGAAGUUCGCAACCUGCAAGCACUUGGCUUCCCAGCCAAUGGUCAAGUUACGAUCAGAACUCUAGGGUUUGAUGAUGUGGGUUUGCGAGGUGUCUCAAACGGUCCCAGCGACCGUGGGACCUACACCCAUACCUACACGAAUGGAGUCUUGAGGUUCCCUAUCUACCAGACCCAAGCCGACCUUAGGACUGCUUGGGCCUUUGAGUUCAGAAGGUGA